AUGCUGCGUGCAACUUGUUUUACUCCUUCCCUUUCUCGGGCUUGUUGCCCUUUAUUUGUACUGAUUCUCAGAAUCCCAUCUGCUCUUCGUCCGUGUCCUCGCCUUUCUCCAUUUCGUGGCUACCAUACUUCCUUACCUGUCAAAGGUACCCGAGAUAGGCGAUUUAGUCUUGUUGAGCGUAGCAGGCAUCUAUGUAACAUGCCACUCGCUGCUGCUAAACAAUCAGCUCCUUCGCCUUCUGAAAACAUAUCGAGGAGAGCAAAGAAGAAAGCUAUUCAACAGUCUCCUGAAGCAGUGCUGAAACAAAAGCUAGAUAUGUGUUCCAGAAAUGGAGAUGUCGGGGAAGCCCUUCGCUUGUAUGAUGAGGCGAAACGAAAUGGUGUGCAGCUCAGCCAGUACCAUUAUAAUGUGUUGCUCUAUGUAUGCUCGUUGGUUGAGGCAGGAACAGAGGCUUCUCCGAAUCCUGGACUUAGUAGGGGUUUUGAUAUAUUUAAGCAGAUGAUUGUUGACAAAGUAGUUCCUAAUGAGGCUACAUUCACAAACGGCGCUAGACUCGCAGUUGCAAAGGACGACCCGGAAAUGGCUUUCGAUAUGGUGAAACAGAUGAAAGCCUUUGGUAUUCAACCAAGGCUGAGAUCCUAUGGACCAGCCCUUUUUGGUUUCUGUAGGAAAGGUGAUGCAGACAAAGCGUAUGAAGUCGAUACGCAUAUGGUUGAAUCAGAGGUGGUCCCUGAAGAGCCUGAGCUUGCUGCUCUCUUGAAAGUUAGUAUGGAUACAAAGAACGCAGACAAGGUCUAUGAGACAUUGCAGCGAUUGAGAGAUUUGGUGAGACAGGUUUCUAAAUCGACUUUUGAUACGAUCGAGGAGUGGUUUCAAUCUGAAGCAGCUGCAAAAGCUGGAGUUAAGAAAUGGGAUGUGAAGAAAAUAAGGGACUCGGUUGUGAGUGGUGGUGGUGGUUGGCAUGGACAGGGUUGGCUUGGGACUGGCAAAUGGAAUGUGACAAAAACAGAGAUGGAUGAGAAUGGUGUCUGUAAAUGUUGCAAAGAAAAGCUUGUUUGUAUCGAUAUCAAUCCAAUGGAGACAGAAAACUUUGCUGCAUCGCUGACCCGAUUGGCCUGUGAAAGAGAAGUCAAAGCUAGUUUUAAUCAGUUUCAGGAAUGGCUGGAAAGACAUGGACCGUUUGAUGCAGUCAUAGACGGAGCCAACAUAGGCUUAGCCAAACAGCGCAAUUUCAGCUUCUUUCAGCUUAACAAUGUGGUCCAAAGAUGUCAACAAAUUAGUCCAUCGAAAAGGUUACCACUUGUGAUUCUACACAGGAGUCGUGUAAACGGAGGUCCAGCUACUUACCCUAAAAACAAAGCCUUGCUAGAGAAAUGGAAAAACGCCGGUGCUCUCUAUGCUACUCCUCCUGGCUCAAACGAUGAUUGGUAUUGGCUUUACGCCGCUGUAAGUUGCAAGUGCUUAUUGGUGACAAACGACGAAAUGAGAGACCAUCUCUUUCAAUUACUAGGAAACAGCUUUUUCCCAAGGUGGAAAGAGAAGCAUCAGGUUCGGAUAUCUGUGACUAGAGAAGAUGGACUCACACUUCACAUGCCACCUCCAUACUCCAUUGUUAUACAGGAGUCUGAAGAUGGAACAUGGCAUGUUCCAAUGAGUGUUGAAGAUGAUCUCCAAACAUCAAGACAAUGGUUAUGCGCAAAAAGGUCCAAAAAACCACAUUGA